ACUAACUAACUCAUCAAAGAUGUCAUCACUAGCGGUGCUUGAAGCACUGGACUCGGCAAGAAUGCAAUGGUACCAUGUAACCGCCAUAGUGAUCGCCGGGAUGGGGUUCUUCACGGAUGCCUACGACCUCUUCUGCAUCUCCACCGUCUCCAAACUCUUGGGACGAUUGUACUACUUCGACCCACAAUCACCGAAACCGGGAAAGCUUCCAACAACGGUGAACAACUUUGUGAUCGGGGUGGCGCUAUUUGGAACCCUCACAGGGCAGUUAGUGUUUGGUUGGUUGGGUGACAAGCUGGGACGUAAGAAGGUGUACGGUAUAACCCUCAUCAUUAUGGUUUUCUGCGCCAUCGGCUCCGGUCUCUCCUUUGGUCUUACCGCCAAGUCCGUCAUGACCUCGCUCUGCUUCUUCAGGUUUUGGCUAGGGUUUGGCAUAGGUGGAGACUAUCCUCUUUCUGCGACGAUAAUGUCCGAAUACGCCAACAAAAGGACACGUGGCGCUUUCAUUGCGGCGGUGUUCGCCAUGCAAGGCGUGGGGAUCAUUUUCGCCGGUCUAAUAUCGGUGAUCAUCUCGGCUCUCUUCUUGCACAACUACCCUGCUCCGUCGUACAACACGAACCCCGCACUCUCGACGCAACCGGAAGGCGAUUUUCUAUGGCGUAUCGUGCUCAUGAUCGGUGCAGUUCCCGCAAUGCUAACAUUCUACUGGAGGAUGAGGAUGCCGGAAACCGGUCGCUACACGGCCUUGAUCGAAGGGAACGCCAAGCAAGCCGCCACGGACAUGGCUAGGGUUUUGGACAUCGAGAUUCUUGCAGAACAAGAAAAGAUAGCUCAGUUCAAAUCAAUGAACCAAUACCCUCUCUGGUCCAACGAGUUCUUUCGGAGACAUGGCCGCCACCUCAUCGGAACCAUGAGCACGUGGUUCUUGCUGGACAUAGCUUUCUACUCUCAGAACCUUACUCAGAAGGAUAUCUUCCCUGCCAUGGGAAUGAUUCCCCAUGAGGUCAACAUGAACGCCAUUGAAGAAGUUAUGAAAACUUCACGCGCUAUGUUCUUCAUUGCUUUCUUCGGAACCUUCCCUGGCUACUGGUUCACCGUUGUCUUCAUUGAGAUUAUAGGAAGAUUCAAGAUCCAACUCAUGGGUUUCUUCAUGAUGUCGGUUUUCAUGUUCAUAAUGGGUGUCAAGUACGAAUACCUCAAAGAAGAGAGCAAGAUAUUGUUUGCUCUUCUUUACGGAUUGACGUUCUUCUUUGCGAAUUUCGGACCCAACAGCACGACGUUCGUGCUGCCGGCCGAGCUUUUUCCGACGCGUGUGAGGUCCACGUGUCAUGCGCUGAGCGCCGCGGCGGGAAAAGCCGGUGCAAUGGUGGGAUCAUUUGGGAUACAAAGUUAUACGGUGAAGGGUGACUUGCAUCAGAUAAGUCGCGCCAUGAAGAUUCUGGCGCUGACAAACUUUUUGGGAUUCUUGUGUACUUUCUUGGUCACCGAAACGAAGGGGCGGUCCUUGGAGGAGAUCUCCGGCGAAGAUGGUAGAGAGAGCGAUCUCACUCAGUCCACAAUUAUGACCAUGGAAAAUGAAAAAUAAACCGAGACGAUGUGAAAAUAUAUUGCAUAAUUAAUUAGUAUAUAUAUGGUAUUUGUAUUCAAUAUUGAGUAGUGCUAAGGAGACAAUGGCCAUAUACUAUCUAGAAUAACCAUUCGGAUAUCAGGGAUAACCAUCCGGAUACCAAGGAUAAUAAAUAUCUCAUAUUAUAAAAAGCUAAUUUUGGGUUCACCAAGAUUCAAACUCUUGACCUUUCGGAUCUGGAAUUCUCCAUAUCCUGAAACCACCCAUCCUAAAAGCGUAAUCUGAUAGGACAAUGUAACACUAAUAAUUAUAUCUUUAAUACUUUUUAAACUUUUAUUGUACACAUUGUACGCUUAGGUCAUUGAUUCUCUAUACUUUCUCUUCAAUAUUUUAGGAGAGACAAAAAAUAAUCAUGUUUUGUGUCACAGUUUGAUUAUAAAUUAUUGUGCAUAAUUAAUAAUGUGUGGGAUAUGUACGAUGUAAACUGUAAAGGCACGAGAUUGCCAAAUAAGUGUGAUGAACAUUUUGUACUUGUGUAUAAUCAUGCCCUCUCUAUUGGGAAAAUUUAUAUAUA